UCCCUUUGCACCCAAACUUUUCCCACUACUAUUCUCCAUAAUAUCACAAUUCAAUUAAUAAUUAUAUACUUAGGAAAAGAUUCCACCGAUUCACACAUGCAACCCCAUAAUUAAAAAAAAUGAUUUUGUCAACCUCUUAUGAUAUAAAUACCCCCACAAUAUUAGUUGAGGCAAAAAGACGUACCUUAAUUUGGCGAAAGAGUAAAGCAACAGAAGAGAUGGGGAACAGCGUGGGAAGGAGUAAAAAAGCGAAGGUGAUGAAGGUGGAUGGGGAAACGUUCAAGCUCAAGACUCCAGCCAGAGCAAACGACGUCGUCAAGGACUACCCUGGUCACGUUCUCAUGGACUCCGAAGCUGUCAAACAUUUCGGGCUUCGGGCCAGGCCCUUGGAGCCCCACCAGGAGCUUCGGCCCAAGAAAAUCUACUUCCUCGUGGAGCUGCCCAAGAUUCAGCCCCAAGAGGAAAAAACGGCGCUGCCUAGGAGGGUGCGAUCCAGUGGAAUACGCGGCAUGAACGCUAAGGAUAGACUCGACCUCUUGAUGCUCUCCAAACGCUCCGUUUCGGACCUCGUCAGGCCCGCUCCCAAUCUGGGUCCGGACGGGCCCGGGCCCAUGAGGGUUAAGAUGAGGCUCCCCAAGGCCCAAUUGGAAAAGCUGAUGGAGGAGAGCACCGACGGGUCCCAGGUGGCGGAGAAAAUCAUAAGUUUGUACAUGGGAGCCAAUGCCGCCGAGGCUGACGCCGCCGCUGCGCCGGUGCACCAUCACAUUCACAAACCACGUGGGAAACGAGUGAGUUUUAGCCCAAUGGAAAAUGAAGAAAUUCAUGUAGAAGCAGGUCCACAAUAGUUGCUAGUGAAUAAGGGUAUUCCUUGGUUGUAAUUGUAAUUAUUUAAUUAAGUAGAAGCAAGUCGUGAUCAAGCCAAAAACGUAAAGUUAGCCAGAGCAGUAGCACCCUCAUAGUUUUCUUUUAGUGUUUUUGAAGCAUGUUUUAUAUAUAUGUAGUUAUUAUGUUUUAUUUUUUCACUUUGAAUGCAGAUACAGAUAUGUAUAUACGUGCAUUCGUUUGUAGUGAUAAGAUUAGAAGAUUAUUCCUUUUCUGAUUUCA